UAAUAUAACGGAAAUUAUAAUAAAUUUACAAAAUAGGAUUAGAUUAAUUAAAGAAGAAUUAAUAAACAUUAGAUAUGCCAUCCAAUGGGCAAAAGAAAAUAUUAUAAAUUCCGUAAUAUUAAGUAAAGAGGAAUUAGAAUUAUCAAUUAAUAAACUAAAAGAAGAUGAAAUACCAUUUAAGAGUGCCGAAGAAGCACUAGAAUUAUCAAAAGUAAAUGUUCUAAAUAAUGAAAUGAAAAUUUUGUAUAUGGUUAAAAUACCUUUAACUAAUGUAUAGCUAGAAUUAUUUAUAGCUUGAACUCAACUUGUUCAACAACAAAUGGCCACCACGUCCCUACAUUAGAAGAAGUUAAACAAGGAGUAAUAUUGCUCAAUCGAUUUGACGGCAGAUUAGUAGCUGACGAAAUAUCCCAACCAAUUAAUGGUACUCAUGUCAUUAUAUUCAAUAACUCAACAAUUAAAAUAAACGACCAGCAAUUCAGUAAUAUUGAAGCAGGAACUAUAGAAACUAUCCCCACAAUUCUUCAACCGAUCCCACUAGAAAAAGAUCACAUAGAACUCCUCUCUCUAGAGGCACUGAAAGAUCUGCACAUCAAAAACGCAGACGAAAUCAGUUAUAUUAAAAAUGCUACAUUUUCCCUCGGAGGCCUAACAAUGACAGCAAUUCCAAUAAUUAUAAUAAUUAUUUACAUCCUAAAGAAACGUUCCGUAAAAAUCCAAUAUGUGGGAAAAGAGGUCAUAAAGCCAGUGCAAACUGAAACAAGCCAAGAAGAUACGCCAGGCACUACUAGUUACACUCCCACAUAUGUAAGUUUCAAUAACUUACCGUUCUACUAAAUGAUCGAGGACGAUCAUCUUUAAAGGGGGAAGAGUUAACUCCGAAACUUGCAAAAGUUCAACUAGGUUGAAUUUUGCCAAUGGUCAACCAUUCUACACGCGCAUUCGCAUAAUUACUGACACCUCAACAUAAUUUGCGUAAACAACAGUCAGCAAACUAUUAAUAAAUAACACUAAAACAAUAGUCAGCUAAAUAUCAAUAAAUUGAAGUAAACAACGAUCAGCAAAAAUAUCGAUUUUGCAAUAACAACAAAUAGGGCGCAUAUUAAAGUGCAACGUGAGUGUGGCCAAUAGUAGGUGUAAUUUUAAGUUAAGCUAAUAAUUGUAAUUAGUCUUAAGUUGGAUUCAAAAUAAAUAAGUGAUGUGCGGACAAAGUUCCGCCAGCUUUUUAAAAACAAUUAAUAAAAUAUAAUUAUUUAACUUAUAUCAUUAUGUAGCUAUAUUAAGUGAAAUUUUGCAUUUCAAUCGAUAGUCAAAAUAAACUGUUAGCUACUAGUCUUAAAGUACUCAACUUAGUUAGAACACCGUUUAUGUUUCAGAAUAUUUCCUUCAAUCCUUCUCAACUUAUUGGUGUCAAGGUGCUUCGACCUUUAACAUUCUUUUAGUUUUAAUUUUCCUAAAAUUGUAUUGGAGGGGUUAGCAUCUCAAAAAAACACGAUGGUCAUAGCAUUCAUGAGUUUUGACACAUGGCAGCGGUUUGCGCGUGGUGGGUACCGCUUUGCUCUCUUACCAACACAACAUUUCGACUCAUUCCGCUUCUAAAUUUUGAUGAAUUGAAAGGAUUUCGCUAUGAAGAAGUCCUCGACCCAAUGUUUGACACCAGCGACUAUUUCCUCUCACCCAGACUCAAAAAGUAUCGCGUUGAAAAAAAAACUUUCUCAAAUGAAAGGGUCAAGAUGGAAACAAACGCCUAAUUUGUAGACUUUUUAGCCUAUGUGUGUGUAGAAUUAUAUGUGAAUAUUCAAUGAAUUAACAUCGGCGUACUAGCUUGGCAACAAACUAUGUUUAUAAAUCAAACAAAAUUAUAUUUUUGCUUUAGUUAGUGAUUUGAAUCAGCAAUGAAUACAACAAGCAGGACUGGCUUGGUGCCAGCUAAGAAGAGAAACUUCGUAAUAAAAGAAAAGCGGAAGAAAUAUACUGGUGACUUACCACUCAAAUUUGAAGCUUCUCCAGUAGUUCUAUCAUUACGACCACUGGGUGAAUUGUACAAUCCAUUUGCCAAGGGCUGUUCGGUACUAUGUAACCAUCCAGCACCACCAGACUUGAAAAAUAUUAUAAGUCAAAUAAAAACUUCACUGACAGUGGAUGGCAAAAGUGUUCAACUGCAGAAAGAUAAAAACUUUACGACACCACUUCAUGAUACCGACAAUAUACCGGAAGACCUUUUUCGACGAUACACGGACACAGACUCACGUCCGAUGACGCCAACUCCGACAAUUACCAGUGUACACACUAGAAACAGUGCAAGUUCAUUUUUGAACAAUCGACGUUGUAUAACACCUGAGUUCGGCAAAAAUGAGAUAAUCAAGAGAAAAAAAAUUAUAUUGGAUCUGCGAAGAACACACUCACAGGAAACGCUUUAUUGGAAACCCUCAUCGGAUAUGUCACAAAGCAACACCGACACCGGUGGUCUUAAGCCUAAGAGUGCCGGUGCAAAUGAGGAGCGCAAAAACAAGCACUUACGUAGCGAAGAAAUGCGGCCUAAUACCUCCUUGGGUAAUGUACAAGUUGGUGAUGGGGUGAAAGAUAUGGAAAGAGUGGACUUAAGGAAAGUAAAAACUUGCAUUAAUGAACAACAUAUAGAUGACGAGGACAUACGUCGUGGCAAGAAGAGAAAAAAAUUAAAACCCACUACAACUGCCACAACUACAUUUCACCUUAGCGAAGAUCCAGAAACACAAGUGGCUGCGCUCGGUCCGGACUCACUGAACCCCAGCACACGUCCAAGUCUUAUACCGAAUGCAGCGAGUUUGCUGCCAAGCAAAGAAAAACGUGAGAGUGAACCAAUACUUUUAAAAGGCAGUUUUCUAACGGACGAAGCUUUUGAAGCAUUAAAAACUGAACUGGAUAUCGAUGUUAUCGAAAACACGUUUGAUAAAUAUUUGAACCGCGCUUUACGUGAGGCUUUUAAGUAUUUACCUGAGAAGAAAUCAAAUCCGAACAAGAGAGUUGUUGAUAAAUAUGAAAAUCCGUCAUUCACUUUUAAGGCCAAAUUGCCACGGAAGCUUUCAAAGUCAGCAACAAGAUUUGAUGUACCGUUGGAUCCGAAAUUACUUGAGGAAAUGACCGUUUUAGAUUAUCUAGGCAAUUAUGUGUGGGUCUGUAACCAACGCAAGCAGCUCUUUAAACGAGUUUUCCUGCAAUAUUUGCCGACAGAAGUAAUUGAACACGAUGAAGCAACAGACAAUAUAGUAAAGAAUGAUGGUAAAGCCGAUGACGACUCGUUCCCGGUACUAAACGAAUAUGUAGAACGUAAAAUACCACUCAGCUUCUUUCCGAAAGCAUUAGAAGACGUUCUAGAAUUUUAUGGUACAGAGCAAAAUAUAUCGGAUAUAUUACUUUUAAUAGAAUAUGAGAAGGAAGAACCCUCUAAGGAAAUUGAUUUUCGUACAUGGUGUGGCGUUGUGUCAUUUGCUGAACGAUUGGCACUGAAAAAUUCCAAUGGGUCGGACUCAUGUGAUGAGUUGGAAAAGGCGGACUUCGGUAGUUUAGAAGAACGGUUAUCGCAUUUUUCGAUUCCAGAAAAGCUAUUGGAAGUCUUCAGAAUAAUUCGAUCAACACACAAUGUAAAAAACAUAUAAGAAUAAUAUGAAAUCGGAAAUUAAAAAAUUCACUCCAUAUUGGGAAUAUUUUUAAAACUCUAAAUAUUUACAUUAAUAUUAAUAAUUACGAUGUUGAAUUCACACUGUCCACUGAAAUAUAUGGAUAAUAUUAUAUUUUCUCACACCAAAGAUUUUAGAAAUCGCUUUUGAAUACCACCAUUGAUUUUAUGUGACUGCGCAUCCUUUAUGAAAGUUUACUACUGUAUUUAAUAAAAUGAAAAUUAUUACACGGACAAUUGAUCAAAACACAUCAUUACUUUAAUCAUAACGGA